GUUUAAAUGUGAUUUUAAUAAAUAACUUUAUUUCAUCUUGCGUGUGUGUGUGUGUGUGUGUCUGUGUGAGUGUGUGUGUGUGUGUGUGUCUGUGUGAGUGAGUGUGUGUGUGUGUGUGUGUCUGAGUGAUUCAGGGUAAACUUGCAAGGAUUUAUGAAGUUCCUCUUUGAACCUAGUCAGAGAGGAUAAUGUUCCAUUACUGAUAACACACACGCACACACACGCACACACACGCACACACGCACACACACGCACACACACGCGCACAGGCGGCUCACUACAGUAUGAUCUUCAUCACAACUGCUGUGUUCGUGUGUUUGUGUUGGAGUGUGAGGGCGGGGCUAGCGCCCGCCACCCCGGACCGCGUGUUUGCCGUGCAGGGCUCGUGCGCUCUGAUCUCCUGCUCGUUCCCGUCCGUGAACGGUUCUGGUGCGGGUGUGGCCGUCCGACUGAGGUACCACUCCUCCCACCUGUGGACCCGCCGUCUUACGGCCUUCAGCAGCGACCAGGCAGACCAGGCAGAGAGCAAGUUCAGAGGGCGUGUUACCCUGAGCGGAGAUCUGAGUGCGGGAAACUGCUCCCUCACCAUCAAUGACAUCAGCACCAGCGACACGGACACGUAUGAGCUCGAGUUGAGGGAACGUCGAGGGUCAUGGGGCGGAGCCAAGCACAUCCACGUUGUUGUCACACGUGUCCCCGAGCAGCCGGUGUUGAGUGUCCCUCCCGUGGUGGUGUUGGGGCAGACGGUGGUUCUGAACUGCUCGGCAAGGAUCAACUGCCCCUUGUCACCCCCCCGCCUGCUCUGGGUUUGGGAGAGGGGGGGUGCGGAGGGGGCAGGAGAGGACAGAGGGACGGAGAGAGUGCAGACUGAGGGUGAUACGUUCUCACUCAUCUCGUCUCUGUCCUUCACACCGUCUGAGCUGGUGAAGCCACGGAUCAGGUGUGACACCCAUCACCAUGGUAACAGGAAGAGCAGUAGCAUCGCCAACAUGAACAUCCACUUCCCUCCCAUGGACGUGUCAGUGGAGGUCCACACAGUGCGGGUGAGGGAGGGGGGCAGUGUUCAGCUGAUGUGUGUGUGUAAAGCUGAUCCCCCUGUCAUCGACUACCAGUGGUCUUACACACACUCGAGCCGCCUGCUGCCCCUCCCCCAUCACACACACUCCAUCCGCUUACACAACAUCACACGACACACACGUGUGCAGUGCACUGCCCGCAACGCCCUGGGACACGCAACAUCUCCGCCCAUUCACCUCAAUGUGCAGUAUGCCCCUAUGAUUGUGCGAAAUGCAUCUGUGUGUGUGUGGGACACUCAGGUGCAGGAGUGUGUGUGUGUGGUGGACUCAAACCCACGUCCCCUCAUCACCUGGAGUGUAAAUGGCAGUGUCCCCCCCCUCAGCUUCAACACCACGUCCUCACACACACACCACACACUGCAGGAGACGCUGCGGGGACACACACACACCCCGCUACACACCACCUGCUACGCCUUCAACCGUCUCGGCAACGACACACACACACUGCGGCUUCAGAGAGGGCAAGACAGUCUCAUGCAGCUUCUGAUCUCAGUGGGAAUCAGUGUUUUGGUCCUCAUCCUCCUCUUCACCGCAGUCCCUCUGUUUGUGUGUUUGUGCCGUCACAGGACUGGAAGGAGGAGGCGGGGGAUGGGCUGUGCCUCUGGUGUGUACCCCAGCGCUGUGAGUGUGUAUCAGGAGCGCACACCUCUGUACAUCAACUGCUCUGAGGUCACACACAUCUACACCAACGGGAGCUACCAACUCAUCUACCAGAACUGUACACCCUGUUUCAUCCGUACAACACAGACUCAUAAGAGACAGAGGAGAGGAGCAAGACGAGAGAGACGAGAGAGAGACAGACAGAUUCCUGGAGAACUGAUGGAGAGAGAGAGACAGAUGGAGAGAGAGAGACAGAUGGAGAGAGAGAGACAGCUGUCGAUCACCGCUGACUCGGACUCAGCCAUCUAUGUGGAAGUGAUCUGAGUCAGAUCCUGAUUUUAAACCCACUUCCCCUAACCACUCUGAUACAGUGUCAAUAUAACCUUAAAUGAUAAGUGUACAUUUGCAGAUGAACAAGGGGACUCACCCAAGGGGAAGUGGACAAGGGGAAGUGGACAAGGGGAAGUGGACAAGGGGAAGUGGACAAGGGGAAGUGGACAAGGUGUUAAAAAUAGGACUAAAAUGACGUUAAAUAUAGGUGUUAUUAAUGCGUACUAAUCCACCCUCACACUAACCCCCUUCCAACACUAACCCCACUGUAAUAAAAGCUUUAUAACACAUUAGCUCAUUAUUAAACAUAAUAUAACAUACAUUACCAUUUAUUAUAUUUUUCUAACAUAUUUGAAUUUUUGGUCCUUAUGAAAGUAAAACCGUCACAACACUGAUAACGAGGCGUCAUUUCUCAACAUCCUGUUUCCUGUAACAGCACCAUGAGAGAUAAAAAAACGCACAAACACAUCUAGCUAUCUGUCUGUCUGUCUAUCUAUCUAUCUAUCUGUCUGUCUAUCUAUCUAUCUAUCUAUCUAUCUAUCUAUCUAUCUGUCUGUCUAUCUGUCUAUCUAUCUAUCUAUCUGUCUAUCUGUCUGUCUAUCUGUCUAUCUAUCUGUCUAUCUAUCUGUCUAUCUGUCUAUCUAUCUAUCUAUCUAUCUAUCUGUCUGUCUAUCUGUCUAUCUAUCUAUCUGUCUAUCUGUCUGUCUAUCUGUCUAUCUAUCUGUCUAUCUGUCUAUCUAUCUGUCUAUCUGUCUAUCUAUCUGUCUAUCUAUCUGUCUGUCUAUCUAUCUGUCUGUCUAUCUGUCUAUCUGUCUAUCUAUCUGUCUAUCUGUCUAUCUAUCUAUCUAUCUAUCUGUCUGUCUAUCUGUCUAUCUAUCUGUCUAUCUGUCUAUCUAUCUAUCUAUCUGUCUGUCUAUCUGUCUAUCUAUCUAUCUGUCUAUCUGUCUGUCUAUCUGUCUAUCUAUCUGUCUAUCUAUCUGUCUAUCUGUCUAUCUAUCUGUCUAUCUGUCUAUCUAUCUGUCUGUCUGUCUAUCUGUCUGUCUAUCUGUCUAUCUGUCUAUCUAUCUGUCUAUCUGUCUAUCUAUCU